AUGCCAAAUCUAACAAUAGUGUUUUCUGGAGGUUCAGAAGCGUUGUUUGGAGACAAGAAACAGCACGAUGUGACGGUUGAUGGAGAUGUGACGGUAAAACAAGUUAUUCAAUGGAUUGUGGAUAACCUACUGGAAGAUAAAAGCAGAGCACCGCUUUUUGCGGACAAAGGAACCGUCAGGCCUGGGAUUCUGGUCAUGGUGAACGAUGUUGAUUGGGAAAUCACUGGAGGUGUAAGUCUUGGACUUUAAUAUUGAAAUAGUUUGCUGAUUCUUCUGGAACCGUAGGCUUGAAUUGUAUAAUAAAUUAACGUUAUGUUUGUAUUUACAUGUGUUGCUAAAGGUGUACAUAGUUUUAAUGGUAAGAUACGUUUUAGCAUGCUUUGUUUCAUAUUUAUACUUUCAGCCGGCUACAGAACUGAAGGAUAACGACGAAGUUUCAUUUAUUUCAACUUUGCACGGAGGAUAA